AGUAUAACUUACAGAGACCAUAAGGUAAGAAGUCACAGAGACAGACAAGCUUGCCGGCAUAGAUGGCAGCCCCAAAACAACCUGGAUCUGGUAAAGAAUUCAACUUUGUGGAUCAGGAUCAAAUCUGGAAAGUUCACGUCAAAAUAGAGCUUGAGUCAGCCAAAGCCUGGCCCAAUAAAUGGGGAUUCUUGACCACGUCCUACAAGACACAGGAGCAGAGCCACAAGCUGAAGGAAGUUGUAAGAUUAGAGCUGCCCCAGCAUCUUAAAACACAUCCUCCUUCCCCACCUGAGAAAUAUAUCCAGGUGGGACCCUCUCCCCCUAUUCCACAGACCACCCAGGCUCUGAUUGGCUGGCGCUCAGCAGUGCCCGAGCUGCAGCUGGAGCGCUACGGAAAGGUCAAGUGUGGGAAGAAGAGCUUUUUGAAGGAGCUUGGCUGGGCUUUCGAUGCCUGCAUAUGAGGAACUCCCCAUACACCCUUGCUGCUCAAUAUAUGACUUUCCCUUAUACUCUGCUCUUGUUUGUCUUUGUGUCCCUCUGUCGAGGUUCUUGCUCCCUCAUUUUUUUUGUCUCAAAUACUCUAAAGUCCUCUGAUAUUAGCACAGUCAGCUAAAACAAAUUGGGAUUUGAUUUAACUCAAUAUUGAUUAAUACUCAAUCAAUACACAAUCUUAAUCUGAUUUUAUUUACUUCUGUCUCUCUCACACUUCAUUUUAACACAAAUAUUGCAUACUAUAUCCAACAAAAUUAGCGCAAUGGGUACUUGAUUUUGUUGCUCCAAUGAAAAUCACUUUAUUAUUAAUAGGAUAUUAUGUUCUUUCAUUCUAUAUUUAAUGGUGCUGUAUUCCCAUAAGUGUCAUGUAUUAGUUAAAGAGCAAUCUGCAGUUCAAACAAGCUUAUAUUUCGGGUUCUGGUGGGGUACGACAGACGAACUAAGCUCGUGAUGCCUAAUAAGUCAUGUUUGUCAAGAAUCAUUGGCCGUAUAUCAUGAAUUUGAAGUCCAAAAUGGAUGUAGCAAUCACAGAUUGCCCAUUUAAGGGCCAACAUUUUUAUUGAAAAGAUGUUGCUACAAAGUGUAUAUGAAUUAGUGCAUAUUUAUUUAGAUGCAUUUUUAGGAGGGUAUAAACAUUUUAAUUUUAAACAAUGUUUGUUCUAUUUGCUAACCUUGGUAUAAUUUUUCAAUGGCAGUAGUUAAACAAGUAAUAUCAAUGUGCCUUAUCUUGCAAUUGUUUGUGUCCUAAAUACCAAUGAAAACAGCAGAGCAAAAUAAAGUGCAAUCAAAAGAUUUGUUGAGCAGAUUCAUUCUGGCAAAUGUCUUACCCAUCAGGGCAACACAUAUGGCGAUGUCAGACUGAGCUUUUAAUGCAAAGCUACAGGUGCACUGACAUUUAAACAGACAUGCCUUUUCUCUUUAUGCAAUUUAUUAAUUCUACCUAAGGGCACAACGCAUUACACACAUUCCACAUGUGGCCAUCUACUAUUAUGAAGCUGUCUGGAAUACAAGUCACACAGCUGUCUAACAGUAGAGGGGGAUGUAAUAAUGACAAUUAUGUUGGAUAAAUGUCUGCUAUUAUUACUGAAUAUAGCUAGUCUGACUCAAUGAAUCUAGAAAAAGCUAAGGAGACUACUGAUAUUCUAUUAGAAAAGUGUGACUUUACUGUGAAUGUUAUAUAAAUUGAGGACAA